GAGGAGGUGGGGCAGAAGAGGCGGAGUUCCUGGUGGGAUUGUAGGGUAUUGUAAAUACAUGCUUACAGUCAGGGAUACUUUCAGCACUCAACUGGGAAGGUGGAAGAAAAGAUGCUUAGCAGAGAUAUGGCAAAACCACUUUUAGGCCAUAGCACUAAACAUGAUGAGAAUUCCAUUGAAUCCGGACAAACAAUUAUUGGGAUCUUGGGCACUGGAGACUUUGCUCGUUCUUUGGCUUCUCGCUUGCUGUACUCAGGGUUUCAAGUUGUUGUUGGAAGUCGAUAUCCAAAACGCAGUAUAAACUUUUUCCCGGCAACAGCUGAUGUUACUACUCAGGAGGAUGCCAUUAGUAAGGCAGACAUUUUUUUUGUUGCAUUACAUCAGGAGCACUAUUCUACCCUUUGUGACUUCAAAGAUGGACUAAGCGGAAAAGUUUUGGUUGACGUCAGCAACAAGAAUGAGGUUAACAUGUACUCAGAAUCUAAUGCUGAAUACCUAGCAUCUCUUUUUCCAGACAGCGUUGUUGUGAAAGGUUUUAAUGUAAUAUCGGCAUGGUCUCUGCAGAAUGGUCCUAAAGAUGGCUGUAAGCAGGUUUUGAUUUCUGGUGAUACUCAUGAAGCCAAGAGUAAAGUUAUUCAGAUUGCACGUGCCAUGGGAUUUAUUCCGUUGGACAUGGGUUCACUCAGUGCAGCUCGAGAGAUUGAAAACAUUCCUCUGAGAAUGUUUCCUUCAUGGAAAAUGCCCUUAGUAUUGGGACUAUGCCUUUUUGUUUUUUUCUACUGCUACAACUUUAUUCGCAGUGUUCUGCAUCCAUAUGUAACAGAGCAAAAAAACAAAUUUUAUAAGAUCCCCAUCGAACUUGUUAAUGUAACGCUGCCUUGUGUUGCGUAUGUGAUGCUGUCUUUGGUUUACCUGCCUGGAAUUUUAGCAGCUUGUUAUCAGCUACAUUAUGGCACCAAGUACAGACGUUUCCAAGAAUGGCUGGAUCGGUGGCUACUACACAGAAAGUAUAUUGGUCUUGUAUCCUUUUAUUUUGCUGUCUUGCAUGCAGUGUACAGUCUAUGCCUUCCCCUCCGUCGAUCCCAUCGGUAUGAGAUAUUGAAUGAAGCCUACAGUCAGGUUAAAGCUGAUAAAGAGAAUGCUUGGGUAGAAGAAGAAGUUUGGAGGAUGGAGCUGUACUUAUCAUUUGGGAUAAUAGCCAUUGGUAUUCUGUCAUUACUAGCUGUUACCUCUCUGCCUUCAGUUGGAAAUUCCCUGAACUGGAGAGAAUUCACUUUCAUUCAGUCCAAACUUGGAUAUGCUGCGUUGAUUGUAAGCACCAUUCAUGUUUUGAUAUUUGGAUGGAAGAGAGUCUUUGAUGGAAAGCAGUACAAAUUUUACCUCCCACCAACAUUUACCCUUGCACUUAUAUUACCUUGUGUUGUACUCCUAAGCAAGAUGUUUCUGCUGCUGCCAUGUUUAAACCAAAGACUUGCACGUAUCCGAAGAGGAUGGGAGAAGGACCACUACAUCAGAUUUAAAAUCCAUGAAAGAGAACAGCAGUCAUUUGAUUUAAAUUUGUCCCACAAUACUGUGGUUUAGCAACAUUAAUAGUUAUCUGUUAUACUGUUAAUAUGUAAUAGUUUUAGUGUCUAUAUAUAAAUCUGAUGCACCAGCUGUGCAAAUUAAAAUAGUUACAAAGGAUACUGCUUACUCUUUCUGGGAGCAGAAGACAAAAAGUAUUCCAUGGAGUGUUAUUUAUUUUGGCAUUCUAACACUAGCCAAAAGACGUUAAUAUGCUGUUACUGUUAGCAUACUUUGAGAAGAACCUCAUAUUACUCAGCUGUGCCCUAACUAUUUGGACUUUGAGUAAGGGAUGUCAUAUAUAUAUAUAUAUAUAUAUAUAUAUAUAUAUAUAUAUAUAUAUAUAUAUAUAUACUUACUACCCUGAGAAAUUAAUCACUGAUGCUUUUGCAUUUAUGUAAAAACUUAAUGCAUAUAAUUUCUCAUAUGAAAUAGGAACCUGUACAGUUGGUCAUUGGUGCACAUUUUUGGUGUAACAUAACCACAGUCCACAGGUUAUAACUUUUGUACAGUUACAUCAGGGUUAUAAAAUCUGACUUGUGUCUUCAUAGAUUUUAGCUGUAUUUUUUAUAUUAUAAAUGAAGAGAUAACCAACAUUUUUUAUAUUGUGAAAUAGCACAUUUCUUACACAAAUACAUAAUCAGAUGUGAUAUUUUCAUUUAAUGAUGGAGAAUUUAGGUGUAAUACAAGUCAGACAGCUUGUAUGUUUUCCAUCUGUGUGCAAAACUGUUGGAUUUAAACUUUCUGCAACGUAUGUGCCUUAUUAGACAGUGCUGUAUGGCAUUAACUGUUACAGAAAAUUGUGGAGGUCAAAUUAAACUUUAAUUUUUUUAUUUUUACUUUGUAUGUCACUACCAGUUAUCAGUAUAUUAUACUGAAACAAAAUGUCAGGAAAAUAGUUCAACACGUUCAGAUUGUUAUUACCUUUAAUUGUGGUUAAUAUUAUAUACAUGUUGUAUGCACAUUGUUUUAAGCCGUCAUCUGUUUACAUGCUUGUAAUACAGCACUUGUUUUAACUGGCAAUGACAUACCAGAAUAUUUGAGUUGGAUAUACAGCAGACAAAUGUUUAAAAGAUAAAAUUUGUAUUUGUAUGUGUAGUUCUGCGAAUAUAAAGUUAUCAUCUUUGAAAUUACACACUAUGCAAGGUGCCAUAUAGCUGUUGUUUUGACUUUACUGUUAGUAUUUUUUCCUGCUGAAAGCCUUAAAACAUCUUCUCUUCAGUGUAAUGAAAGCACUUAUCACAGUAACCUGUGACUGGUCACCUUUCUGGAUCACCACUCAUCUUCAUUCGUGUGAUUAUAAAACUGUGUUAAAAGAAACCUAUCUUGAUCCAUGAGUUUUUGGUUUCCUAUCUCAGGCUUCUGAAAUUUCUGUUUGCUUCAUCAAGAUUUAUCCAGGUUUUUUGAACUGCCUUAUUUUAUUGUGUUUUAUUUAAACAGUUGUUUUUUAA